AUGCGCUUUUUGCUCAUUUUUCUCUCAUUCUUGGCUGCUCUCGCAUGGUCACAGAAGAUUCCGAAAUUCGACGUUUCGAAUGCAGAGCUCCUCGCCAUGGCCAAGAAGCUCCGCCAAGUCGACACAAACCGUGCCCGUCCCGACCAAAUAAAGCUCAACUACCAGAAGCAUACUGUAACUCGAGAUGACAGUGAUGCAGCGCCGGCUAAACUUUUCUCGAAAGUCGACACCUCACUUUUCCGUAAACCUUCCUACGAACUUUAUUUGAAUCUUAUGGAUAAUUUUAAUCGUCAAACUGGAAUUAUUGAGCCACGUGUCACUCAAAGUGAGGAGAAGAAUGAGGUCGGAAAGUUUCUAGAUUACGUGUUGGAGACAAAUCCAAUGAAGGAAUUGUACAAUUGGUUCAAGGCUAAAGGUCACUCCAUCGCCGCCAACCCCACUGCAUUCCGUUUCUGGAUCGGUCAACUCUGGUUCUCUCACUAUUCCAGAGCUCUCGGACGUCCUGAUACCUCCGGAUUCGAGCAUGUUUUCAUUGGAGAAGCGAAGAACGGAGAGAUAUCUGGAAUGCACAAUUGGGUUCGAUUCUAUGCGUUGGAGAAUAAUCGAACGGAGAAUUUCGAUUAUAAAGGGUUUACUGUCAAGAGAUUUAAUAUAAUGGCGGCCCUCAAAUUUACAUGGGACGGUCUUCUGAAACGUGCCGGAUCCAUCCUCAUCGGAACAUCUCCUGAAUUCGACAUGGCUCUCUACACAAUGUGUUUUUUGUCGAGAAGAGGAAGAGAGACUUGUGACGUCGAGUUGGAUGGAUGCCCACUUCAAAUUACAAGUUUUGAGAUUAUGCAGCAGAAUAAGGUCUACAUCGGAAGUAUCUAUCCAACAGCUGGACGUAUCACAGACGAAUGCAGAGCUCAAAAUCGAUGA